UAAGCCAUUAGCAGGCGUAAUCCUCGCUGCACGCAGCGGAAUCCUCUGCGGUUGUUUUCUGCUUCACUUUAACUUAGAAAAAGAAAAAGAAAGAACUAGACAUGGACAACUCUGGGAAAGAGAAGGAAGCCAUUCAGCUGAUGGCCGACGCCGAUAAGAAAGUGAAGUCGUCCGGCUCUUUCCUGGGAGGGAUGUUUGGAGGAGGACCUCACAAAGUGGAAGAGGCGUGUGAGAUGUACUGCAGAGCAGCCAACAUGUUCAAGAUGGCCAAGAACUGGAGCGCUGCUGGGAAUGCUUUUUGCAAAGCUGCACGUCUACACAUGCAGCUGCAAAACAAACACGACUGCGCCACCAGCUUCAUCGACGCAGGAAAUGCUUACAAGAAGUCUGACCCUAAUGAGGCAAUCAAGUGUUUAAAUGCUGCCAUCGAUAUAUACACAGACAUGGGAAGAUUCACCAUCGCAGCCAAACAUCACAUCAGCAUCGCAGAGAUCUACGAGUCUGAGCUGGUCGACAUCGAGAAGGCGAUUGCGCAUUAUGAACAAGCGGCAGACUACUACAAAGGAGAAGAAUCCAACAGUUCUGCCAACAAGUGUCUGCUGAAGGUGGGCGCUUACUGCGCUCAGUUGGAGCAGUACCAGAAAGCUAUUGAGAUCUACGAGCAGGUCGGCGCCAACACGAUGGACAACCCACUGCUGAAAUACAGCGCCAAAGAGUACUUCUUCAAGGCCUCCCUCUGCCAUUUCAUCGUCGAUGAGCUCAACGCCAAGAUCGCCGUUGAAAAAUACGAGGAGAUGUUUCCGGCGUUCUCAGACUCCAGAGAAUGCAAGCUGCUGAAGAAACUUCUGGAGGCUCAUGAGGAACAGAACAGCGAGGCCUUCACAGAAGCAGUGAAGGAGUUUGACUCCAUCUCACGCCUGGACCAGUGGCACACAACCCUCCUGCUGCGCAUCAAAAAGACCAUCCAGGGCGAUGAAGGGGACCUGAAAUAAA